AUGCCCAACUCAAAUAUCAUUCCUCCUAAUGAACAGAAUAUCGCAGAUACCCUUCUUCAGAUCCGCUCAGAACUUUCAGCUCUUAAAAAAAACCGCGCUUCUUAUAUAAAGUCUACAGAUAUUGCUCCCAUUCAUGAACGCCUCAUCCAACAAAUUCGUGCAAUCAAUGCUAUCCGUGCAGACCCAAGCCUUCAACAUGAGCAAAAUAAAGUUGAUAUCAUUCUCGACGAUGUUUUCCGUCUCCUCUCCUUAGCUUUCCUUACUGCAGGCCUUAACCGCUCAGCCCCAGCAACUUUUGCCUCCCUCUCAGCUGUUCAAUCCCUUUUAGACCACCUUAAAGAGUCUCAAGUUUACUCUGAUAAUGAUACGGCCCCUAUCCGUACCCGUCUUGAUGAAAUCAAGGUCAUUCUCGCAGAACAAGAAGAAGCUGGAACAGAAUCCCCAGAAAUCCUUCAUCUCCUUAAAACUAAACUAGAUGUGGCCUCUCAUAGCCUUAAGGAAGUUGAAGAUUCCAUGAAGGCCGUCUUUGAUAGUGGCCUCAAUGAUAUGCUUCGCAGACUUGUCGCCCUCCGUAGAGAAAUCUUGUCAAUCGGUUCAAAACCUCGCUACUCUGCCUCUAGCUUGACCCCAGUCUCUGCAAAACUCGCCCAAAUCGAGGCUGAGCGUGAUGAUGAAGGUAACUUUGUUGCUAGUGAUGGUAAAGUUAACCCAGAAGCUCAAGCUGUUCUUAACUCUCUCUUGGAUGAGUGCAGAAACCUAAUUAAAGAGUUUUCCGGUGCUGUCACUGCUCGCAGUUCAAAUGAUAUGCCUGAACAGCUGCGGCCCUUUUAUAAGAAACUGGUUGAACUCAAGUCCAAACUUGAAAAUUUGUUGGUAACUCAUCGCUGGACCAUGCGUGAAACUGACUUGUAUGCUUACCAAAAAUCUCUUGAAGAAAUUGAUACGGCAAGAACAUCUGACCCAGAACUCGCAGCCCUUGCAAAGGAAAACCACAAGGCAUCAGCAAUCAUCCUCUAUCUGCUGCGGAGAUGUUACGCCAUUCUCUACAAGUUGCUGGAGUCUUCCCAGCCUGUAUCUGAGGCCCUGAUACCCGUUCAUAAUCAGCUUUCAACUGUCCGUCGUUGUCUUCUUGAAGUCCAACGUAACGGUGGUCUCUCCUCUGCUCGUGAACUUUAUCCCUAUCAGAUGAAACUUGCCUCUAUUGAUGACAUGCGUGUUGAUGGCAAGUUCAUGGUUGGUGAUACUAUUCCAGAAGGUCAAGGUAUGCUCAAUGCUUUGUUAUCUGAAUGCUUUGAGAUUUGCUACGAACUCAAGGUUGAAAUGAUGGACCGUAAUGAGUCUGGUACGAAUGAAGAGGAUAAUAGUAUUCAAUUUACAGAAGGUGCUGAGGACCGUGAGGAGGAGAUUUGUGAAGGUGAUGAUGAUGAAGAGGCUGUUGAGGAAGAUGAUGAAGGUGUGGAAAUUACCCGUGAGCCGUCUUCGCGGGAUUAA